AUGGGAGCCAAUCCGGUCUUUGCAGUCACUGUCUUCUUUAUUCUCUUCCGAGAAUGUCUGGAAACGACAGUGGUGGUGUCGGUCCUGCUGGCAUUUUUGAAGCAGACUCUGGGAGCCGAAGAGGACAACACAGUUUAUAAGAAGCUGGUCCGACAGGUAUGGCUAGGAUGCGCAUUGGGGAUCGCCAUUUGUCUGGCGGUCGGUGCCGGCAUGAUCGGUGCCUUUUACGGCCUCGGCACCGACACCUUCUCCGCCACGGAAGAUAUCUGGGAGGGUGUGCUGGGUAUUGUGGCCGCCAUCAUCAUCACCAUUAUGGGUGCAGCUUUACUGCGGGUGUCGAAAAUCCAGGAGAAAUGGCGCCUCAAGCUGGCCAAGGCUUUGAAUCACGACAAGAACCCCGACGAGUCGUCGGGCGGACGGAUCAAGCGUUGGUCGGAGAAGUAUGUGAUGUUCAUGUUACCAUUCAUCACCGUCUUGCGUGAAGGUCUGGAGGCUGUCAUCUAUGUGGGUGGUGUUGGCUUGGGUCUACCCGCCUCGUCCUUCCCACUCGCGGUGUUUUGCGGUCUGCUCGCGGGGUUCAUUGUUGGAUACAUCAUCUAUCGCGGUGGGCGUGAAACUUCCAUGCAAAUCUUCUUGAUUGUCUCGACAUGCUUCCUCUACCUGGUGGCCGCUGGCCUCUUCUCUCGUGGUGUCUGGUUCUUGGAGAACAAUACCUGGAAUCACCUCGUCGGCGGUGACUCCGCCGAGACCGGGUCGGGCCCCGGAUCAUAUGACAUCGGCCAGAGUGUAUGGCAUGUCAACUGCUGCAAUCCUCUGAUCGGCGGCGGCGGUGGCUGGGGUAUCUUCAACGCGCUGUUUGGCUGGACCAACUCGGCGACAGUGGGCUCAGUCCUGGCAUAUAAUUUCUACUGGAUCGUCGUGAUUGUCGGCUAUAGCCUGAUGAUGUGGCGUGAGCGUCACGGACCCUUGCCCUAUCUGGACCCGGCCGUGGCCAAGAUUGCGCGGGCCAAAGCUCGUGCGAAGGCGUUUGUGUUCCGCACGAAGUGGGAUCAACCUGACUUGGAUGAGCCCGUUACCGCGGGGUCAUCCCGUGUCGAGAGAGACAAUCUUGAGGCCGGUGUGCUGCACUCCGAGAAAGGUGCUGGGGCUGCGGUGUCUAAUGUCACGCGACCCUAG